CAUAGCCCCCUCCACCACGGUUGAAUCUUUGCGUGACUUGUAACGUGCCCUCCGUGGAGCCGCCUCCUCCUUUUCUUCAUCCUUUCUCCGCCCUUUUCGCCGCGCCAGUCCACACACUCCGGACGGGAAACCACACACCGAGAACAUGGCCGUACCUCCAACCUACGCCGACCUGGGAAAGUCCGCUCGGGAUGUUUUCACCAAGGGAUACGGCUUUGGGCUCAUCAAGCUGGACUUAAAAACAAAGUCUGAGAAUGGACUGGAGUUCACCAGCACUGGCACGGCCAACACCGAGACCAGCAAGGUGGCCGGCUCACUGGAAACCAAGUACAAGUGGGCAGAGCACGGUCUGACCUUCACAGAGAAGUGGAACACCGACAACACGUUGGGCACUGAAAUCACCAUCGAGGACCAGUUGGCCAAGGGUCUGAAGUUGACGUUUGACUCCUCCUUCUCACCAAACACCGGCAAAAAGGGCGGCAAGCUCAAGACGGCCUACAAGUGCGACCACAUAAACCUGGGCUGCGACGUCAACUACGACAUCAACGGCACGGCCGUGCACGGUGCCGCCGUGGUGGGCUUCGAGGGCUGGCUGGCCGGUUAUCAGGUGACCUUCGAGGCCGGCCGCAACCGGAUCACCCAGAGCAACUUUGCCGUUGGGUACAAGACGGACGAGUUCCAGCUGCAUACCAACGUAAAUGACGGCACAGAGUUUGGCGGCUCCAUCUACCAGAAGGUGAACGAGCAGCUGGAGACGGCCGUCAAUCUGGCCUGGACCGCUGGCAACAGCAACACCCGCUUUGGCAUCGCCGCCAAGUACCAGAUUGAUCCCGACGCGUCUUUCUCUGCCAAGGUAAACAACUCCAGCCUCAUAGGCCUGGGAUACACUCAGACUCUCAAGCCAGGCAUCAAGCUGACGCUGUCUGCCCUCCUCGACGGCAAGAACAUCAACGCCGGCGGCCACAAGCUGGGCCUCGGCCUGGAGUUUCAGGCGUAAGGCGGGCACGCACAUCUCGCUGACGCCGCCCCCAAUCCGCUCCCAGCAUUCCCCAAUUUAAAUAAAAACUUAUUUAGCCCUCACGUCUUCCCCCAUCCCAUCCCACUACCUCUAGAUGUGCCACAUCUGGAGGCAAGCCGGUCGGCCACCAAACUGCGAGAGGCAAAGACCUCCCACUUUAAAAGGACCACUUUUAAGGGAACGUUUAAUAUUUUGACACUGCUGAGAACAAAGCAGGAAAUUUGAAGUGUGUAGCUUGCAAGGGAACAAGUAGCCUUGAGCACAUCAUAAUUUUCAGUUGUGUGUGUGUCCAUUGUGUAGCCGUUCAGAAAGAACAAAGCUAAUUAUGACACAAAUAAGCAUUUCUCGCUCAUGAGGACAAGAUGGAAGCAUCCCCAUGCACACCCCAAUGUGGACAUUCUUUGUCUUGUCUUGUUACAUAUAGCAUAACAAAAUGUUAUUUUAUGACCACACCUGUGUAGCGUUAUCCACCUGUUAAGUCUUAAGAACCGCUUGAUCAAAAUGGACACUUGUGGAUGAGAGUUACUGGAUCUAAACAGGAAGUUGGCGGUCUUCCGUGGAUGCUUAAUAGGGUUCCUGACGGUAUUGUCAUUUCCUGAAUAAAGAACAUCUCGAACCAGCAAA